AUGUUCCUUCAUGUUUCAACAGGGCAGCCCGCAGUUCUAAGGAACAUCUUCGUCAAAUUGCACACCGGCACAACCGUCUGCUUUUCAGCGUCCUCAAAUCAGACCGUGCGGGAGCUCAAGCAGAUUGUUGAGGAGAAAGGAGGUCUGCCGUGCACAGCACCUCAGGUUCUCCGCAUGGGACCCAUCCUCCUGCGUGACGAUUGGCUCCUUAGGGAACAUGGGCUGGUGGACGGCAUUUGCUUGGAAGAAAGUGUGCCGUUGUCUGGUGGCGCGCCUGAAGCAGAUCGGAAUUCUGACUCUGAUGGCGAGCCCCUAGCAACCUGGGUGAACAAAAAGACCAGGAACGAGAAGUCAACUCGAACGGCUCGCACUGAAGCCCAAGGCCAAGGCUCUGAGCUACCUGUCCGACCCGAGCUUGGACGCGGCAUGUACGAGACCAGAACCAGGACCUUUCCGCAAGAUUCUCACAAUCCUGCAAUCAACUCCGCCGGGGCUAAGAUCUUCGACCCAGAAUAUGCCGACCAGCCAAAGUAUUUCACGGACAUCAACGGCGCUCCUGUCCAAUUAGAAGACCUAGAAGCCUUUCUUUGCGGCGAGUCCAGUGAAUGUCAUGGAGACCUGGAAGACUGCGACGAUGAUGACCGUGUCUUUGGUGGCAGAUUAACUGCGGAACGCCGGAACGCAAUCAAUCAAAAACGACAAAAUAGUCGGCCGAAGAAUACACGCCGCUCUUACUAUCCCAAGCUUAAGCACUUUGUGAAGUGGUGCCGGGAACACGGUCGGUGCAUGCCAAUACCAUUUGCUGAUCGGGCUGCUGCUUUCUUGUCGUGGCGGACGAGGAAUACGAUUGGCCAAGCUGAGAAGAUUGAGUCGAAUGCUACCUUCGAUAUGAAUCUUGCCGCUCUCACGGACGCCAAACGACGGCUAGAGGACAAUUUCAACUGGGACUUGGGAACCCGCUUAUGUGAUUACGGGAUGAUCAAGAAUAUUGGGGAGAACGUGCGGACAGAUGCUGAGCGGGAGAGAGUGGAGUCGCGCGAGGAUCCUCAGCUUAACACUGGAGCCGAUGCUUUGACAAGAGAAGAAUUUGAGAAGUGUUGCGGCUUUCUGGCAGAGAAGGCGAGAGACGAGGCUGCUCUAAGAUACGGAUCAAUGAUGAAAGUAGCUCGCCAGGCCAUCUUCAGAGGAGAUGAUCAGCGAGGCGUUCGAAUUGCGGACAUGUUUUUCCACGACAUCCCUCUGAAAGCCGUGGGACCAGAUCCGUGUGCGUGUCUGUGCAUCAUCUCCAGGACGGGGAAAACGAACGUGGAUCCGGAUUGGAUUGAUCGUCUUACUUGGCCGUCUAGUCAUCCAAGCAAAACGCAACAGCUCAGCCCAGAUGCUCAUAGCGCGUAUGUGAAGGAGGUGUUCAAGAAGAACGAAGUAAUCUGCUCAAAGGUCUUACAUGCUUUCAGGCCCUCUGCCGCUUUAGAAGCUGCGGUUCAUGGUUCCGAAUUUCUCGACUUUGCGGCCAAGCUACGGAACGCUGCUCCACUGCAUAAGCAGAAAAUGGAGGCGCAGCAUUCAUCUCACACCGGGGUCAUUGUGGGUCAGCUUGGAAAUUCGAUGGAACUGGCGUUGGCUCGGCUGAGGGGCAGCCACACAAGCUUAAUGAACGGCCUUCGAAGGCUGUUUAAAUGCUUUCAGAAUUCCGAAAGUCCUCCUUCAGCGGAAGAAGUUGCGAGUAUUGCUCAGCAACAGCUUCACGAAGAUUUGAACUUUAGCCCAUUCAAGACGCCCGAACUGAACCGACAACAGCGUGAGCAGGAUUCUCGGCCCAGGAACUUGUUUCCCGAUCCGUGCUCAGAGGAGUUGCGUAGACGCGAACUGACCGGAGCUGUCUCGAGGCUUGCGGAAGCGCAACAAGCAGCUCUAAACCUCUAUCACUUGGCAGAGCGGCAGAGCGCGAGUACUGAUCCCCUUGAGUCAGCAAAGGCCGCAGUCACUUUGCAACGGGCAAAGUUACAAGCAGGACUUGCUGACACUCUAGCAAAGAAGGUAGCUCUCCUUGAGAACUCCACCCCACUUCCCACCUCGACUUCCACCUUCAUUCCAUCGAGCGCCACGUCUCCCGCAAACCAGCCCUCAUCUCAGCCCGCGCCUCACGACAACUCGAGUGGUCUGCAUUCCGCAGCUGCCGGGAUCCACAGUUCUCAUGCUUCCUCCCCCAUACAGACCCCAACAGUGUUCACGGGAGAAGUUCCGGAGUCAGCGCCGAGGGGGCCGGAAUCAGCCCCCGCUGCCAGGGCUGAUGAACGAAGGUCCGACCCCGAUCCAGUCAGGCCGGCACGCAAGCCUCAAGCGGCCCCGGCAUCACGUAGAGGUGGCCUCGAUGAGUGGGACACCUACCUUCUUCCUUCGAACGUAUCUGUCUCAGAGAUCUGGCGCAUCUUUCGAGAAGCUGGGCCAAACGGGAAGCCUUCAAUUUUGCAACUCAUGGUGAGGUGUGGCAAUCAGAAUCUGUGGUACCACCAAGCCAACACGAAGGAAGGACAGAACAAUCGCAAGCACCAGUGGCAUGAGAAGUACAAGCCUAUUCUGUGGGACAUUCUUGCAGACAUCACCGACCCCAAGAAACGGCUGACUGCAACGGCUUCAAUUAAAAGACUUGAGGGAAUCGAGCAGAAAAGAGAGCUUUCCACCGCUGCACUUGGCAAGUAUCUAAAUGGUAUUUACAAAGAUGCUGCAGGCACCAUAAAAGAAUCUGGGAACAAGAAAGCACUUGAAAAGGCAGUCGCUGUGCAAGCUCGAAAAAGUCGAGCUGUGGCUUGGAUAGACGAUCAGAUAAGCAGUGGACGUUGA